GCCGCCGCCUCUGCUGCUCGCUGGAGUGGCCCGACGUCGCGACAGCUCCGGGAGAGAGGAGCCCCCGAGAGGCCUCAGGACCCCCGAGCCCGUGCGCUCAGGACAGGUUUUGAGGAGACAAGUUAGCACCAUAGCAUCGCCUCUCUGCAUCUCAGGCGCAAGGCGGAGCUAUGAUAGCCACGGGCGGAGUGAUCACGGGCCUGGCGGCUCUGAAGAGGCAGGACUCGGCCCGGUCCCAGCAGCACAUCAGCGUCAGCCCGUCGCCCGCGGCGCAGGAGCAGAGACCGGCGAGGCGGCGCCCGCGGGCUGAUGUGGUGGUGGUUCGCGGGAAAAUCCGGCUUUACUCGCCGUCGGGCUUUUUCCUGGUUUUGGGAGUGCUGAUCUCCAUCGUGGGGAUCGCCAUGGCCGUCCUGGGCUACUGGCCCCAGAAGGAGCACGUCAUCGACGCCGAAACCACCCUGUCCACCAACGAGACGCAGGUGGUCCGCAGCCAGGGCGGGGUGGUGGUCCGCUUCUUCGAGCAGCACCUGCACUCGGAGAAGAUGAAGAUGCUCGGCCCCUUCACCAUGGGCAUCGGCAUUUUCAUUUUCAUCUGCGCCAACGCCAUUCUCCACGAAAACCGCGACAAGGAAACCAAAAUCAUCCACAUGAGGGACAUCUACUCCACGGUCAUUGACAUCCACGCGCUGAGGCUCAAAGAGCACCUGAACGGCGUCUACUCGGGGCUGGCUGUUGAGGCGGCCGAGCUGAAGCAGAACGGGGGCUCCUGCACCCCCAGACUGGCCGCAGCAGGCACCCUGACCUCCUUCCCCGGGGUGCGGGGCAGCUUCCGGGUGGACAGCUCGGUGGAGGAGGACGAGCUGAUGCUGAGCGAGAGCAAGAGCUUGGGGCGCCUCGUGCCCCCGUUGCUGUCCGACAGCUCCGCCUCGGUCCUUGGCCUCUACCCACCUCCUCCCAAGACCCCCGAGGAGAAGACCAAGAAAUGUGAGACCAAGUCCAUUGUGUCGUCGUCCAUCAGCGCUUUUACGCUGCCUGUCAUCAAACUUAAUAACUGUGUCAUCGAUGAGCCCAGCAUAGACAGCAUCACCGAGGACACCGGCAACCUCAAAAGUCGGUCCAGGAAUCUGUCCAUGGACUCCCUCGUGGUCCCGCUGCCCAGCGCCGGGGAGGCCUUCCAGCCCGCCAGCUUGGGGCUCCCACGAAAUAGCUCUGUCGGGCAGUCUCUGUCCAGUCAGUACAAGUCCUCUGUCACCCUCGGACCCGGAACUGGACAGCUCUUGUCUCCCGGGGCCGCUAGGAGACAGUUCGGCUCUAACACGUCCUUGCAUUUUCUCUCAUCACACUCAAAGUCCUUAGACUUGGACCGGGGUCCCUCCACCCUCACGGUCCAGGCAGAGCAGAGGAAGCACCCCAGCUGGCCUCGGUUGGAUCGGAGCAACAGCAAAGGGUACAUGAAGCUGGAGAACAAAGAGGACCCGAUGGAUCGGCUGCUUGUACCCCAAGCCGCCAUCAGGAAAGACUUUACCAACAAGGAGAAGCUGCUCAUGAUUUCAAGGUCUCACAAUAAUUUGAGUUUUGAACAUGAUGAGUUUUUGAGUAACAACCUAAAGCGAGGAACUUCUGAAACAAGGUUUUAGUGUUUCAAAAGUUAUCAUUUUCUAAGGGUAUAGAUUUUAAACUGUUAUAAUCAGUGUUUCCUUCUUAAAGCAUUGGUUGUAAGGUUUUUUUCAAUCAAAUGGUUCGUAGUGUUUUCGAAUCAACUGGUUAACUGUAAUGAGAUGGUUGUACUUGUGGGUUACUGACGACUGAGUUCCCUAAAUUAUGACAAAGGGUUUUGUUCUCCCACUGCGUGAAAGCAUGGUUUCAUCUAUCAGUGUGAACACAAUAUACUUGCAUUCAUAUUAAAAACUUGCUUUACUUUUAAAUUCUUUCACUGAAUGUCAUCUUCAGAGUAAAGUGACCAGUAUAGGGGGGACAAAACGAACCAAAAUGAGGACAGAAAGUGACAAGUUUAGGCCCCAUACUUAACCUUCAUUUAUCGAUAUCUGGGUGAAAAUCUUAGAAUGUGAUUUUUUUCUGAAUGAUUUUUUAUAUAGUGUUGGUUAAAUUGUUUAAGAGGAGACAGAUCUAGUUUCUCUGUGAACUAAAUAAUAUAAAUUUGUAAAUUGGCUGUGAAUCUCACUCAGUUUCAGGUAGACACUAUCCUUUUCAACAUUAGUUCUAUUUGGGUGACAUUUUUAUCAGGAAACCAUGUAUUCAC